GAAAAAAACCGGUCUGUAAAGUACUUAUAUAGUUUACUUUAUUUUCAGAAUGUCUCAAGCCCCAGAUUUUACACAAACUGUCUCAUUGAGACUGUCAGAGGUUCUUGCUGACAUAGGAGUGAACGUCAGACUAGUGAAGAAGAAGAGAGGAGCAUGGCUGCUAGCGGAAUCUAUACAUACAGCAUCAAAGCAACUAGAUGAUAUAGAUAUAGGUACAAGAUACUAUUUCGGAAGUAGGUCAGAGGGAACAACAACACCAGGACUUCAAUCAGACACUGACAGGGUUCAUUGUAUUAAUCAGAUUAAAGUUAUAAACUCGAGUGAGAUGGAACGAGGUAACCUCUCUUAUUUGAUGAUUGAGGAUGAGUCUGUGUCACCUGGUUAUUGUUUACUAGAAGAGCCGACAUCAGGUGAUCCUAGUCCAAUAAGAGUACUUGAUAAGUUCCACUACAUAGAAACGUCAGGGAGAAUACUACUAAAGAAAACAAUAGCCUAUGCAAUACCAGCAACAGCGAGAGCAGAAGCAGAAAGAUGUGAUGAACGAGCUUAUCAAGUAUUUAGACAUGGUCCAGCAGCUGUACUAACUGUACCAAUUUUGGGUAUGAGCCAAGACGAUGUUUUAGCAUUGAAAUGCAAAUCAUGGCCUCUAGAAGCUAGACAAUGGUUAGACCAGCAAGGCGUAGGUCAGUGGCCUUCGGAUGAUAUGAGGAGGGAUUGUGGCAAUACAAGUUGUUUUGUUGUUGCCGUUGGCCGUAAGGGCAGUAAAUAUGAAGAGCUUGAAUGGAGAAUAUCAACAUCUUUAGCAGAAAGACACCUAAUGUUCAGUCUCAAUAUCACACAGAUUAGGUGUUAUGUGUUGAUGAAGAUGUUGAUAAAAACUUACAUCAAGCCAUAUUACGAAGAUGCCAUUACAAGUUACAUGUGUAAAACAGUCCUAUUCCAUUCAAUUGCAAGUACACAUCCUAAUUUCUGGAGUAAAAGUAACUUAAUUCCAUGUCUCUUAAGGAGCUUGUUAAUCCUCUACAACUGCGUUUUGAAUGAGAACUGUCCACAUUUCAUCAUACCUGGAAACAAUCUGAUGGCAGGACAUGUUGUUCAUGAAUCUAAACCCGACAUUCUGGAAAAACUGCAGAGUAUUAUAAGCAGUGUUGUAACAGCAUUACUGAGAAUAGAGUGUGAUGAUCUUGGUACAAGGCUUAAUCAGAAGUUAGGAUUUGUUUUUCCAUCAAAACUAGGUGACAAUCACAUAACUUUAGCAGAACCAUCAAUAGCAAUAGCACAGAUCAUUGGCAUGAGUUUAAAUAGCUGCCUAGAAUCUAUUUGCGACUGCAGGUAUAAAUCGGCUACACAGACAUUGCAAAAGUAUACUAACAGUAUUUCUAAUCAAGGUUUAGCACUGGACCAAAAGGCUUGUGUUCUUCUCACACUAGGAUUCUUAACAACAAAAGAAGCUGUCCUGGCAGGUAUCACUCAAAACUGCGACAGAAUAUCAACUUCUUCUAUUUGCAACUGCAGUUAUGAAUCGACUAUACAGACAUUGCUUAAGUAUAUGUUCAAACUUAACAGUAUUUCUAAUCAAGGUUCAGCACUGGACCAAAAGGCUUGCUCCCUUCUUACACCAUGGUUCUAUACAACACUGGGAUCUGUCCUGGCAUCACAUAGCAUUCAAAAGUACAACAGAAUAUCAGCAAAUGCUCUAGGCUGGAUCUCUAUGGGUCUGGACACAGAUGUUUCAUCUGGCAAACUUAAAAAAGCAUCCAUGUUUUAUUGUGCCGGGGAUUGCCAAGAAACAGAAAUUCUUCUCAGAGAUAUUGAGAAAAAAUACGAUCUAAACAAAGUUGAGCCUAUUUGUAAUUGUUAUGUCAAACCGUUUCUGGUGACAACAAAAUUUGCUGAAGAAUCUAACAAUCAUAAUGAAGAAGCUUUACAGUACAUUGCAGCAUUCUGUGUCAGGUAUCUACCAUACGAAAUUCACUGUGUUCCACAUGAAUUAAAGUAUGAAAUGUUCAGAUCUACAAAAUAUGACCUCUCUUUCAGAGGCCCAGCUCACAAAUGGAUGGACUUUGCAGUAGCAGAUUCCCUCCCUUACUUGUACUUCCUACAAUACAAGACCUACUACUAUCUUGGAAAACAAGAUGAUAAGCAAAGAGCACUUUCCAACCUUAUCAGAACUAUUAACCAGGAACCAAACCUUGGACACAGGGAAACAGCCCUAAAUCUACUUGGACAAUGUAUGGAAGGAGAAGACAGAACAAAUGAUGCUUUAAAUUGUUAUUUAUUAUCUCUCAGUCUGAGGGGAAGAAACAAUGCUGCAAUCAUCCAUAUAUGUAGACUCAUAUCUAAACUGGUAAAUGACCAAGCUCGAAUCUAAUCAUUCAGUCCAUUUCAUAUGGAGUGGAUUUUGGAUUUAUUUUAGUCGAUCAAGGACUUAUUUUGGAGAUGAAGUCACUAAAGGUGUUUUUUUUCGGCUGUUUUAACAGCAAUUAUUUGGACAUAUUCCCAAUGCUAACAUGUAUGUACUUUUGCCAAAAUGAAUGCAAAAUUUCCAAAUCUACAUUCUAAAAAAGAUUUCAUCAAAAAUGCACAUUGACCAAAUUAUGGACAAUAUUGUAAUUGAAGUAUGUUAAAGAGUUUGUACAAUGUGAAACAAGUGUAUGAGAAAGUGCUUUAAACACAUCCUUUCUCUAUCCUAAGGAACAUUUACGCAUCAAAACUCCCAAUUUUGGGGGUAAAGGCUACGUCCCCAAAU